AUGGCGGCGCCCAGCGAAGCGGCCGCAGCAGUCUGUGCCGAGAGUGAUGGUGGGGGCAGCGGCUUUGGGAUGUGGCUGGACGGAAGGCUGGAGGCGCUAGGAGUGGACCGAGCUGUGUACGGCGCCUAUAUCCUGGGUGUUCUGCAGGAGGAGGAGGAAGAAGAGAAGCUUGACGCUCUGCAGGGCAUCCUUUCUGCUUUCUUGGAAGAAGAUUCUCUACUUAAUAUCUGCCGGGAGAUUGUGGAACGAUGGUCGGAAACCCAGAACGUUGUCACCAAAGUGAAAAAAGAAGAUGAGGUACAGGCCAUUGCCACCCUAAUUGAGAAGCAGGCACAGAUUGUGGUGAAGCCCAGGAUGGUUUCGGAAGAGGAGAAGCAGAGAAAAGCUGCCCUCCUGGCGCAGUAUGCUGAUGUCACAGAUGAAGAGGAUGAAGCCGAUAAGGAUGAUUCAGGUGCCACCACAGUGAACAUUGGUUCUGACAAAUUUCUGUUCCGAAACACCAAUGUGGAAGAUGUCCUCAAUGCCCGAAAACUGGAGCGAGACUCGCUUCGGGAUGAGUCCCAAAGGAAGAAGGAACAAGAAAAGUUGCAGAGGGAGAAGGACAAACUAGCCAAGCAGGAGCGCAAGGAAAAGGAAAAGAAAAGGACACAGAAAGGGGAGCGAAAGCGGUAA